GCCUUCCCUGCUCCUGUAGCAAGGCUGAGACCCCAGAUGUGCCAGGGGACAUCCUGGUGAGGCUGAGGGACCAAGAUCCCUGGGCGAUUCCUCUUCAGAGCCAAGCAUUUUCCUGUAGGUGAGCAUCCUCUGAUUUUUUUUCUUCACCUUCAUCUCUGUUGCUAUGGAGAUCACCAAUGGGACAGAAACAUUGUACAAGAGUCUCCACGCUGUGCUGAAGGCUCUAAAUGAGACACUGCACAGCAACUUGCUCUGUCUGCCAGGACCGAGAUCAGAACCGGAGCCAGACCAGCAGACUGAGAAACAGCGGAUCGGCCGUGAUGACAACUCCUACAUGUACGUUCUCUUCGUCAUGUUCCUGUUUGCUGUCACGGUGGGCAGCCUCAUCCUGGGAUAUACCCGUUCUCGCAAAGUGGACAAGCGCAGUGACCCCUACCACGUGUACAUUAAGAACCGAGUGUCUGUGAUCUGAUAGGUGGAGGCUGAGGGUGACACGAGAUUGAGACAAGUGAGGCUUGUCUUCUGACGUCCCCAGAACUCAGAUGUAGAUCACAUCAGCUCUCCACGUCCCUGUCUCCAAGAUCAGUAAGAAGUAGCGCUAAGGGAGGUCAUCAUGGUGGGGAGGGAAGGGGAGAGUGGGGGAUGACAGAGCUGAGGAUAAGGAUUUUUCCAGGCAAACCUAGACUUUACAGAGAGUGGGAGCCCCAUGAACAAACUGAGAAACAGGCAACGAUAAUGGCCAGUAAGUAGUCUAGAGGCUGGGGUAUUGGGGUGUGAGGGUUGGAGAAAAGAGAAGUGGAAGUUGAAGCAGAGAGAGAUGAAACAGGAAGAUGCCGGAGGGACAUCUCUUUGUGUGUUCUCUUCAACAACCAUGACAGACAGCGAUGACUGUCUUCUAUCGCAGAUGGGUUUUAUUUUUCACAACUCAUGUACUCUACCUUUAUGUUUGUUCACAUUUUUAUAUAUUUUCCAACAUAUUUAACACUUGUGAUUUCACCCCUCUGUGAGGUAAGCAGGGCAAGUGCUAUCGUACCCAUUUGGGCCUCAGUGGUGCCAGGGUUAGAACCCAAGCCACUAGUCUCCUUGCCCAGGGCCUUCCAGUGCACACAGGAGUGGACCUGGUAGGGCCUGAUGCUUAUAAGAUUCUGUAAAACCUCUUAAAGAAAAAUAAUUUUUAAAUACCAUACUUUUGCCAAUUUUACAAAAACAUAUUGCCAUGUUGAUACACUGCUAGGGCCCCUGAGCCCUGAAGGUUAUGCCUUACUAACUCCAAAGCCCCAGGGCUCAUCCAACCCAGACCACGUGACUUCACUGGCUCCAAGACCGCUUCCUCCAUUGAGAAUGCCUUUUGAUUGUGAGAAAUUCUGAUACCAAGUUGAAAUCUGCUUAUAGAAGGGUGACAUUUAAACAAGGAGCGUGUGAAAUGCCGGCCCAUGGUUCAAGGAAAAGGGAAUCAGCUCUGCUUCCACAACUAUUGUGGCGUACUGUAUGACCUUGGGCUGGACAUGUCUCUCUGAUCCUGUCUUUUCUUCUGUACAAGAGUCAGAAGUUCUCUCAGGGCCCUACCAGUUCUGAUGUUCUAGGCUUCACGUACUGUGCUGUCGGCUGAACGGGAACGAAUGCUGUUUUGUGGGUCAAAACCCAGGAACUACCUGUAGUUUCAUGUGGUUCGAUCUACACAUGCCAUGUGGUAAGGGAAGACUUCACAAGCCGUUUGCUCCAAAUCCCCGACCAGUACUAAUCAUGGUUCUCCUUGGCAGAUUUUGAUUGACUAAAUCCCCAUGGGGGUCUCCAGAAAGCCCCAUCAAGAUGUCCAUAUUUGUAUUUGUAUAGAGCGCAAACUCGGGAAGAAUGUUUUAAUAACACUUAUCUCCAAAGAGGAUAAUUAUAGGUGGUUUUCUCUUUCAACUUUAUACAUUUACAAAACAUUUGAUUUAUUGAAUCCUAAGUAUGUUAACUUGUAUAAUAAAUGAGUA